AUGGGCAACGGAGCCAGAAACACUCCCACCCGACAAGAAUACUGGAAUCCGAGCAGCAUGCAGAUACGAUUAGGAGAGGUUGGGCCUCUUCGAGAUCCACCAAAGCCAAUCGACGUGGCCCUCCGUGAGGAUUGUCGGAUCCGGGGACGGCAAUACUUCGUUAUAGCAGUUCAGGACGAUAAUACGCCUUUGAUCUAUUCGGCUCCUCCUCAAUCGGGAACGGUCGCUUUCGAGAAGUUCGUAAACAUUGAGGGAUUGAUGCAAGAAGUGUCUCUGCAUUCCCAAUCAGCUUCGAACCCCCCGUAUGCUGGACAUGACUAUGGUUUCGAUUCGGAGGGCCGCUACUCCGCUGACACCGCCAAACGACGGGGGCAGGCUCGACGAUAUGAGCAGUCAUUUAGGCUGAAUGACCUCGAGGAUGAUGAGCGUUAUCCGACAAGGAAGCGGCCACGGGCAUCAGCGGUGCGACACGCUACCGACAACCUCAUUGGACUACCCCCUACUCCUGUCAAUCCCAAAAGACCCAUCGUUAUCAGUAACGAGGAGGAGCUCCGCGCCUUCUACGAUCUGCGCUUCAAAAAUUGCCAGCAGAACGCAUGCAAGCUGAUAGCCAAAGCGUGGGUAAAGGCCGUGGAACCGAAGAAACAGUCUACGCACCCCUACACGGGCGCAGAUGAGAAGGCCCCCGGUUGGUGGCCGAAGCCUUGGGGACUAAACAGCACUGAGAAGGUGAGACACAAAGAGCCAGAUCAUCUUCUCAAAUAUGAGAGAGUGAACCUUCUCAACCACAUUCUCGGGUUGAUCAUAGAACCCAGCGACCAGCAGCAUCCGGACAUCCGGAAUUUGCGCCUCAAUGUCAGCAAGCUGGAGGAAAUCACGAUGGAGGCGCUGUCCACCUUCUUCGGAGACAAGGAUCAUCCAAGCAACCUGGCGAAGAGGCCGUUCUUGAAGGAGAUCUUCAAGGUAGCGAAGACCCAGGAGCGAUUCAAGAACAAGGAGAUAGACAAAACCACCGUAAUCCAUGUCUCAUCCGAUGACCGGCUAGCCCAAGGUUACGCGUCAGACACCGAGGACACCGAAACCCUGAAUGACGAGACGGACCAGGACCCGAUGCCAAUAUCCGUAUCCUCCAGCACAUCGCCUCAGAGGGCCCUUACGUUGAUGUCCGAGACUCAUGCCGACCAGAGCCCACCUACUCAGCUACAGGACGACAACGACUCCAAGUACACUCAUCUGACGUCUGGCUCAGGACAGGCGUCAGAGCAGGCAGGCUUCAUGGGAGGGUCUGGCAUGACUGGCCAAGGCCUUCCGCAAUUUAACAGCCCUCUGCCAAUUUCAGAGGUGCACUACGGUGGUCCCGAUUCCAACAGGAGAGCCGGCUCGUACGCCUCUGCUGAAUACACCAGCCCGCCAACAGCAAAUGUGUUCUCGCAGCAUUGGCCGGCAUCUGGUAAUUCGCAAGUCUAUCCAUACCAGCCACAAGCAGGUGGCAGCUAUCACUCCUUCAUCGGACACAAUGGCCUUCCGCUGCCUCACGUGCCUCAGAAUGAACCAUUCAAUGCGGCACAGUUCGCCGAUGGCCUGGUCGGAGAAGCCCAUCAUGGAAACCACGGGUACCUACCCCGGAAUGAUCCAAUUGACCGGAGCCCUCUUCAUCCGUCACCGGACUACCGGUACAUGCACCAGGGAGGCGAUGAAUGA